GGUUUUCAGCAUAAACGCAUGGACAUUCCCUCCUUUCCUCAUGGAAAUGAAAAUGAAAAACAGAUCCUUGAGCAACACAAUGAAAUACGGAGAUCUGUAAUUCCUACGGCCAGGAACGUGCUGAAGAUGGUGUGGAGUGAGGAAGCUGCCAAAAGUGCUCAGAGAUGGGCAAAUGAGUGUGGGAUGAAAAUCAGUUCAGGAGAUCAGAGAGUUAUUAAUGCUUGCUUCUCUCCUAAGCAAUACAAUAGACCUACUUCAGGUGUCACCUGUGGUGAGAAUGUACUAAUAUCAUCUCACCCAAGAACAUGGGCUGAAGCAAUCACCUGGUACAGUCAGUCCUCCAGUUUCAAGUAUGGAUUUGGAGCAACGGCAAAGAAUGUCAAUAUCGAGAGCUACACUCAGAUAAUCUGGUAUAACAGCUACCAGAUUGGAUGUGCAGUUGCCUACUGUCCUAGGGGCCAAUUCAACUACUUCUAUGUUUGCCAAUACUGUCCUGCAGGAAACAAUGUAAUGGAAAUAGCUACACCUUACAAAAGUGGACGAAAACGCGCAGACUGUCCAGGUCACUGUGACAGAGGACUUUGCA